AAUAAUACUACUAGUGUCUUUAAUUGGAAUCUAUUUCUUUUCCAAAUCAGAGUCACAAAAGACCUACUGCUGCCUAACUUGACGCCUGCUUCUCGGAUUUUUCCAUUCACUUCUUCUUGCAUUCUUACAUGCGUAGGGUUCGCACAAGGUCCUCGCGGGGGUCCCAGCGGUCUGAGGCAGGCUUUGCAGAACGCCGCUCGCUCAGAAUUAUAUUGACGGCGACAAUCAUAAACACUCAUUGACGUGGAAACGGGUGAAAUCUAAAACACAACCGACGGACAUGAAGGAGGCCGAAGCAGAAUCGGGGCCAGCGUCGGGCCACGGGCGUGUAUUUCGAGUCGGAUGUGCCCUACUACCCAAGAAGGUCGCGCGCUACUACACCUCAGCAGUGCGCAAAGUUGCACGGCUAAAAGGCAUCAAGCUUGAGCUCCUGGACCCUGCGCGCAGCCUGCUAGACCAGGGGGAAUACGAUGCGAUAGUCCAUAAACUCAGACCGAAUACGGCUUGGGAACAGAACCUACAGGAGUACAUACGGGCUCACCCGGGAGUGAAGGUGAUUGACAGCCUGGCGGGAAUCCGCAUCGUGCACAACCGCGCGACGAUGCUGUUGCCGCUCCGGGAGCACGGGGGCCUGCUGCUGCACCCGCCGCACGGCUACACGCCCCGGAAGCCGCAUGUGGGGGCCAGCGGCUUCCACACAGCACGCGUGACGUCGCCCAUGCAGGUGGACAUCAACGAGGGCUGCACGCUGUCGGAGGCGCAGGCGCUGCUGGCGGCGGCGGGGCUCAAGCCGCCGUUGCUAGUGAAGCCGCUGUGGACGGACGGGAGAGAAGGCAGCCACGGGCUGGCGGUGCUGCAUGACAUGGCGGCGCUGGGCAAGGUGCUGCACGGCGCCGUCAGCAGCGAGCUCAAGCCGCCGCUCGUAGUGCAGCAGUUUGUGGCGCACGGCGGCGUGCUGUUUAAGGUGUACGUGCUGGGGCAGCGCACGGUGGUGUGCCAGCGGCCGUCGCUGGGCGAGAACUAUCUGGGGCAGGAGGCGAAGCGGGCGGGUGUGCUGUCGCUGCCGCGCAUCAGCUGCAAGUCCACCUACGCCAAGGACUCGCCGGAGUACCGCUUCAGUGCCGGCGUCAUUUACGGCACCGGCAACGGGACAGGGGCUGGGGUCAGAACAUGCGGCGUCGCGCCGGUCGCCACGUCGACGGCAGAGGUGCAGACCUGCAGCAGCAGAGGCGGCGCAGCCGGCGGGACUGCCGGCAGUGGGCUACAAGGGUCGGGCCACGGCGCGGCAGACGCAAGUACGGGGCCGGACUCAAGCGAGCAGGCGGUGCUGCGGCGCGCGCGCUCGCCGCACUCACCGCCGCCUCCGGCGCCACCGGGGUCACCGCCAUCGACGCCCCCGCACCCGGGCAGCGCGGCGGAGGCAUCGGGUGGGGAGGCGCCGGCGGGGCCGGUGGCGCAGACCACACCGUCGGCUCAUUUUGCGCCGACGGUGGCUCAAUCCAUGGUUCCGCCGGACUGGGUGACGAGCGCGCUGUCGGGGGCGCUGCGGGAGAAGCUUGGCCUGCAGCUGUUCAACUUUGACAUGAUCUGCCCCGUGCAGCAGCCAGCGGAGGGCGAGCGGCUGUACCACGUGGUGGACGUUAACUACUUCCCGGGUGUUGACAAGCUUGACAACUUCGAGCAGCUGUUCGUAGACUUCCUGAAGGCCACCUGCGAGGGUGAAGGCUCCACGGCCGCGGACAUGCAAGUGGACAAGUCGGCCAGGAGCUGCGGUGCUGGCGGUGAGGCGGACGCGGCCGGCGGUGAGGACGGCGCCUCAUCGGUGUCGUGUGGCGAGGUCGAGGCCGCGGGGCUGCUAGGGCCUGAUGGCGGAGAUGGCGAGGCCAACUGCGGCGCGCCGGCUCCGGCGGCGGAGGCCACCGCUGGGGGCCAUUGGGAGGCGCAGGCAGCGGGCGUGGCUAUGGUGUAGUAAUGCCCUUAUGCGGUGGCGUGCGAGCCCAUGAGACCCUUAGGUGACCUGGGUCGGGGUCUACAAGCAGGUUGCGUCACAUGUUUUCAGGCGUUCGAUGUCUCAUUUUUGGACUACGGUGCAUUCCCGCUUUCAUAACGUACAUGUGUAUGGGCAUGGGACCGCUCACGCUUUUGUUCAGGGUUCAGGAUUUCCCGACACGGUGAUCCUGGGGGCAAAGCCCUCAGUAUGCCGCUUCGCUCCGGGGGCUCAGCCCAAAGCAUGUGUUUCAUGUACGGUAGCUCACCUUGAAAGGUUUUGUGAUUUAUGCGUGACAGUUUGGCCAGCGUCGGUUGUUCUUGCUCUUGGUUGGGUGUAUGGAGCAUGGAAGGGUGGACAGCUAAGGUGUGGCACAGCGGCACAACAUGUAUACCACCGGUGAAGGUAGCGCGCUGCUUGCUGAUGUGGCAUCGGCGGUAGUAAGUAGCGGAGGUGGUCAGGACGGGCCAGGACUGGGCGCUGCGCGCAGUUUGGGGGCAUUCACGUGGCGAGCAGGAAGG